CCCUCCAAUAGAGUUCCAGACACAUCUAUGCCAAGGCGCAUUGAAGCUGUACUGGCUCCUCGUGGUGGCCCAACGCCCUAUUAAGAUACUAUAUGUUGGUGUCGUCUUUAUUUCGCCAGUUACAUGUAUGUUCCACAAGUCAUAGGCUUAUUAAAGGCUAUCUUAGAUUAAUCAGGAAAUGCUAUAUCAUUUCUAGUUUAUUCUACUGUAGGUGACGUCAUUAUUGCAGGAAAGAUCGUUCAGUUGAGUUUUGGAAUUUGCGUGUGAUGGACUGUUGUUUGGGAAUGUUAAUCUUCUCAAAUAACAGGGCGUUAAUGCUGAAAUCUUUUCAACGCAUUCCUUAUGUGUAAUUACUGUAGCUGCACCCUUGUGAUGCAUAACAAUACUGCGCUAGAUUGAAAUGAAUUGGAUAACCAUGUUUUACAUUUGAUUCAAUCACAGCCAACCAUGCACGCUUUGGUAUGUCCACACCCCUUUUUCGUCGGCUAAAAGUGGCACAAAGACGCGCUGGCUUUAGGACUUUUUUACAAGUUUGGUCUUCCCCUUUAAAAGUCUGCAGCCCUAGCGGUGAUCAUUGGACUGAAAACUCUGCGGAUGGGAAGAUGAGAAUGAAAUAGCUUGAACAAGAAGCCGGGAUCAUGGCGGCACCGCUCGGGCGGGACACUCUACCUGACCACUGGUCCUAUGGAGUUUAUCGAGAUGGCAGGGUCUUCUUCAUCAAUGAUAAAACUCACAGCACUACUUGGCUCCAUCCCCGUACGGGUGAACCUGUCAACUCUGGACACAUGAUACGAUCAGAUUUACCACUGGGAUGGGAAGAAGGAUUCUCGGACGAGGGGGCCAGCUACUUCAUUAACCAUAACCAGAAGAGCACGUCGUUCCGACACCCUGUGACUGGACAGAUAUCUCCAGAAAACACUGAAUAUAUGCUCCACGACAAGACAGAGUCCCGGGGCAUGUCCAAGCCACCGCCACCGGCCAGUCAGAGGCCCCCCAGCAUGGUCAGCCAGACUUCCAAGGCUGUGACCUCAUCAACAGUGGAUGUCACCUCAGGGUCAAAGCCGCAGGGCUCUAGGAGUAGUGGCAAGGUACACAGCUUCGGCAAGAGGGACCAAGCCAUCAAGAGGAACCCCAAUAUCCCUGUGGUGGUCAGGGGAUGGCUCUACAAACAGGACAGCUCUGGAAUGAGACUGUGGAAGAGGAAGUGGUUUGUGUUGUCUGACUACUGCUUGUUUUAUUACAAAGACAGCAGAGAGGAGAUGGUUUUGGGGAGCAUCCCCCUGCCCAGUUAUGUCAUCGCCACUGUGGAGCCUGAUGACCACAUCAGCCGCAAGUAUGCCUUCAAGGCGAGCCACACAGGAAUGCGCUCCUACAUUUACAAUAAGAACUCUGUGAUUGGCUCGCAGGCAGAGCACGGUGGGAUGAGGACGUACUUCUUCAGUGCCGACACCCAGGAGGACAUGAAUGGUUGGAUCCGAGCCAUGAACCAGGCUGCUCUCAUGCAGAGUCAAGGCAUCAAGAGAGAGGCAGUCACAGAGAGACCAGAAAUGUCAGUGCAGCAGGCAGUACCACAGACCAACCACGUUAACAACAACACCAGUAAGAGCCCCUCCCAGUCGCGUUCAGGGAGCCUCCAGCGGCCCGAGAGAGAGGAGCCUCCGGAGGGGGAGAUCCGACUGAGCCAGGGGGACGAGGAGAGGUACGUGUUGGAGGCUCCUAGAAAGCUCAGCCAUCCAGCCACGGAAGUAGAGGUGGACAGGCUCUCCCCAGACACUCUCCCUGGCCCCUCACACCCCAGGAAUGGCCAGGCCCACAAAGUCCUCGCCACGCUGCCCCCUGAGCAGAAUGGGAACGUUGUGUAUAAGAGGGGCCUUGUCCCACGGACAGCCACAGAGAAGCAGGUGCAGAGGAAGACUGCUCUGGCUCAGGUGGAGCACUGGGUCAAUGUACAGAAGGGAGAUCCCAAGAGCAACACAUCUACUACUGAGUACUCCCUCCCCCUCCCUCGGCGGACCCCUCCCCUGCAGCCUAAGGCCGUGGUAGUAGAGGCCUACCAGACAUUGCCAAAGACCCCCAGACUCCCGUCUGGCGGGAGCUCCCCUUCGGCGCCCCGCAACCUGCCCAGCGACUACAAAUAUGCCCACGACCGGCUCAGCCACUUCCGCAUGUCCACCGAUGAGCGCAUGGCCACCAAGGAGGGCAUGGUAUGGCAGCUGUAUGAGUGGCAGCAGCGCCAGCAGUUCCGCCACGGCAGCCCCACGGCGCCCAUCUACACCGGGCCAGACUUUCUGGACACCUCCUCCUUCAGGGUCACUGUGGAGAUGCCUCGCUCCAUCUCUGUGCCCCCUUCCCCCUGUGAAGUCCCCCCAUCUGUCCCCACCUUCAAACCACUGUCCCCCCACAGGCCACACACCCCCUCAGACAGGGUGACGGUCAGGCCGCUGGAUGAGGUGCCACCUGGGGAGUCGCCCACCGGUUCCAGUUCUCCUAGACGGGUGUUUUCUCAGCUUUCUAAGACUAGUCAGCUGGAGAGACGGUCAAUGCCAGCCAUGGGCUACAUCACACACACAGUCAGCGCACCAAGCUUGCAUGGGAAAACGCCAGAGGAGUUGACCCUGCUGCUCAUUCAGCUCAGGAGUCACCAGGCCAAGAUGGCUGGUGUCCACGGCGACGCCCUCCACCACCUACAUCACAACGGCCUCCUAGGCCCCAGCCUGCAGGCAGAUGAUACUUACAUGCAACUGAAGAAGGACCUGGAUUAUCUAGAUCUGAAGGUGGGCCCCAGGAGAAAAGAUCAUGUUACAGGCCGUGAAACUCUAAAAGACAGACCAUCGAGACCUGUUCAGAUAGCAGAGAGCGAUGUUGAUGUGAAGUUAAGCCGACUGUGUGAACAAGACAAGAUCCUUCAGGAGCUGGAAACAACGAUACGCACGCUCAAGGAAGACAAGGACAAGUUGGAGUCUGUGCUGGACGUGUCCCACCAGCAGAUGGAGCAGUACCGGGACCAGCCAGCCCACCAGGAGAAGAUAUCCUACCAGCAGAGACUACUGCAGGAGGACGUGGUGCACAUCAGAGCUAAGAUCUCUCAGGUGUCCACGGAGAUGGAGAAUGCGUGGAAUGAGUACAGCAGCCUGGAGAGAAAUGUAGACUGGUUGAGGACAGCUCUGGAGGGCCAGAUGAACCGCAGUGGGCUCUCUCAGAAGGAGAAGUCCCAGUUCAAGAGGGAGUUGUGGAGGAUUGAAGACGUAAUAGCAGGCCUCAGCUCCAGCAAAGCCAACUACCAAGUCACCAUCUCCUCUGUGACCAACCCAGAGAGAAAACUUGUGCCUUCCGUGUCGCCGUCGUCAGUGCCUUCUCUGUCUGCCAGUCCCUCCCUCGGAGAGAUGAGACUGGCCCAGCAGCACAGCCCUCACCUCAGCCCCACAACCCCCACCUCCACCCAGCACACCACCGCAGCCCUCCCCAUAUCUGUGUCAAAAUGGGCAAAUGAGGGCGCCCCUCCCCGACCACCACUACCUCAGCUAUACAGUCCUGAGGACCACGCCCCCGCCGUGCCUCCGCUGCCCAGGGAAAGCAGCGUCAUCAGACACACAUCUGUACGAGGCCUCAAACGACAGUCUGACGAACGCAAGCGGGACAGGGAGAUCGGCCAAUACACCAACGAAGACAACAAGGUGGAGCUGCGCACCUUCCUGAGUGAACCUGAGCUUCUGGGAGUGGGAGGGUCUGGUCACAUGAGGAUGGGGGCCUUGGGGCAUGAUGGUGGCUACCAGACCCUGCCAAGCAGAGGGCCGGCUGGCUCCUCAUCCAGGCUAAAUCAGUCCACCAACAUCUCCUCAUAUGUUACCCUCCGAAGAGGAGCCUCAGCCGCCUCAGGCCUGAAGGAGAGACCAAAGAGUGCCUUGGAGCGUCUGUACUCUGGGGAUGUGCUGCAGCAGCAGAGCAGGGGGAGGAUGAGUGCUGAGGAGCAGCUGCAGAGGAUGAAGAGGCACCAGAAAGCUCUGGUCCGCCAGCGCAAGAGGACCCUGAGUCAAGGAGAACGCCAGACCUCUUCAUCACGAGCCUCCUCCUCCUCAUCAUCACAGCAACGCCCCAUUUCCGCAGACCUGGGCUCAUGGAGGCGAGAGCAGGAGUUUGACCUGCAGUUGCUGGAGCGGGCGGUGCAGGGGGAGGAGGCGCGGGGUGUGGUCCAGGGUGAGGAGUGUCCAGCAGAGCACAGUGAUAGACCUCGGUCCCAGUCAGAUGAGUGGCUGACCCUCCGCUCUACAGCCACAUCCACACUUACCCAGGAGGUGGAUCUGGAGACGCUGGACUAUGACCUGGACCUCAGCCGAGAGCUGGCCAAACCUCAGAAGGUGUUAAUCCCUGAGCGCUACAUAGACACAGAGCCUGAGGAACCUCUCAGCCCUCAGGAGGUGGAGGCUCGCCAUCGCAACAUGGAGCGCAUCAAGAACAUUCUGGCCAAGUCCAGUGUUCAGAUCCUGGCGGGGCCCUCUGUGGCGGUGGACCAGCCAGAGGUGGUGGGUCUGGACUCAGCCCUACUGAAGCAGGAGAGGAUCAUCACCAUGUCUUACGCCCUGGCCUCAGAGGCCUCCCUCAAGAGCAAGCAGGUCGCAGCCAAUGCGCUUUCUGGACACUGAGGUGCUGUUCCAUGAUGACAAUACAACCUGGAUUCUUGAAGAAAGAAAGACUUUGGUGCUGACAGUUACACUGUUAUACAGUAGAUGGGUGUUAGUGAACAUUUAACCUGCCCUCAGUAGCACGCAGCAGGACUUACUCGCUGAUGCAUUUUUAGGAGCUAAAAUGAAGUAACUAUUUUCUUAAGAAAAUGUAUGUCUGCCGUGAAAGCUGCUGUGCAUAUUAACUUUGGAAGUGUGUAACAGAUGUUAAUCCCAUAAUAGAAAAGGUUUUAUACAUGUUAUUGCACUUUUAGCAUUAUACUGUAUCAUAGUGAAGAACUGAAAGAGAUAUUUUCAAGAUGAGAAUAUUUUGUCUUGCAGUGUGAUCUGAAUUUGGAGGGAACUUGUAUUUUUCAAAAAAAGUUAAUGAGAGUAUUCACCAACUGGAAGGUUGAUAUGAACAUAAGGUACUGAACAUGUGUCAUGUUGAUUGUAUUUUUGUCAAAACUCAGACGAUAUUCUUACACCAAAUCACUUGAAAUGUAAUUUGUGUUUGUAUCCAGCACUGCCAGUCUCUUAAUGGCUUGCCAAAUUUAUUUUUUAUUUUUGCUUACAACAUUGGGAGGAAAAUAACAUUGAACAUAAUAUUUUCUGGAUGGCUUGGGCAGGUUGCACAAUGAUAAUUAUUACAAAUGUAAAUAUUAAAGAUAUUAACAUGA